UUGUAGUAACAAAGAUGGCUGCGCCCAUAAUCAAAACAUUGCAGAAAAAUUCUCCAAAAACUUUUAAAAUUCUUUGUAGUAUUAUUAAACGCAAUCCUGUACUAAUUAAAUGUAGAAAAUUUUCCGUAGAUCAAUUAGAGAACACAGUUCGGGUCCGAUUUGCGCCAAGUCCAACUGGGUAUUUACACUUAGGAGGUUUGAGAACAGCUUUAUACAAUUAUUUAUUUGCCCAUGCACAAAAAGGAAAGUUUAUUUUGAGAAUUGAAGACACAGACCAGAGCCGUGCUAUACCAGGAGCGAUUGAAAAGUUAGAAGAAACACUCCAUUGGGCUGGACUUGAUCCAGAUGAAGGACCUACACCUGGUGGAAGCUUUGGUCCCUACAUUCAGUCUCAAAGAUUGAGUAUUUAUCAGGAGAAUAUCAAAACUCUGUUGGACAAUGGGUGGGCUUAUCCAUGCUUUUGUACAUCUCGACGUCUAGAGCUUAUGCGGAAAGAAGCUGCUAAGAACAAUGAACCUUCAAAAUAUGACAACCGGUGUCGGUCAGUCACUAGAAAGGAGGUGGAGGAACUGAUAGAUCAAGGCACUCCAUAUGUAAUUAGGUUGAAACUUGAACCAACUCCUGACCCAUGGGAUGAUAUGAUUAAAGGCCCAACAUCUCAUAAUAUUAUAGACAUUGAGGGUGACCCUGUUCUGAUGAAAUCAGAUGGAUACCCCACUUAUCAUUUUGCCAACGUUGUAGAUGAUCAUCUUAUGAAAGUUAGCCAUGUUUUAAGAGGUUCAGAGUGGUUAUCAUCCACACCUAAACAUAUACUUCUGUACAAAGCAUUUGGCUGGUCACCACCCAAGUUUGGGCACUUGCCACUUAUAGUUAAUCAUGAUGGAACAAAACUUUCCAAAAGACAAGGAGACAUCCAUGUGGAGCAUUACAGGGAAUUGGGUUGUUUCCCUCAAUCAGUUUUGAACUUCAUAACAACCAUAGGUGGAGGCUUUGAUAAAUAUUCAGCAGGGAGAUCAUUGCAGGACAUGUGGGAAAGUUUUGAUAUCAGCAAAAUCAAAAGUAACCCCGGGAAACUUAGUCCUACUAGCUUGAAUGAGGCAAACAGGAGCCAGAUUGAAGCUAUGGUCAACUCCAGUGAUUCUCACAUUGUAUCCAGACUAGCUGAUCAAGUCAGGAAGCUGGUUGUCAUAAAGUUCAAUGACAGGCUAGAAAAUACCAAACUGAGGGAACAAGUACUUAGUGAUAGUUAUAUUAUCAACACAAUCAAAUGGAGUCUAAUGGAUGCUAGAACCAGUUUUCUUUCAGACUUUGUAACACAGGAGAUGGAGUAUCUUUGGGUGACUCCCUCCAGGUCAAGUCUCUUAGAGCUGGCUGCCACAGAUGCCAAUCUCAUGUCACUUUUGCGGGACUUUGAAAAAUGGGUCACACAACUGACAGAUUUUAGCAUAUCUCACCUGGGAAAUGUGCUGAAACAGCAGGCACAGAAACAACAGUUAAAGCCUCAAAAGUAUUUCACCACCAUAAGACAAGUUUUAACUGGACUAAAACAAGGAGCUCCAGUUGCUGAAUUGAUGUCAGUGAUUGGGCGUGACAAUGUUCUGGCUCGGCUAGAUGUGGCUAUUAAAACCUUACAAUCAUCUGCACUCUGUGCACAGGCCAGCUCUGGAAACUGUAGUGAGAAACACUAGAAUAGAAAAAAUGUUUGAACUGAAAGAAACAUAUGAUGCAUAGAUUUUUGUUUAGAGUAAUGUAAAAAGUAUUGAGUGUUUUAUGUUAUAUAUACUGAUGCAAUUAUUGGAAGAAAAUAUUUAUUAUCAAUUUUAAAUUAUAUGUAAACUUUUGUCAAGAUUUUCAAAUAAAUAUUUUUUUAUAAAACAUAAAACUUUCUUGUUGUAUUUAUUUUAAAAUGAGAUUUUUGUUUUUUUAUCUAAGAGAAGGUGCCUACUAAAUUUUCACUAAAACACCAGACUUAAUAAUAGCAUUUGACAUUAAAUAAAAUAACAGUCAGAAAUAACAAUACACAUAAGUCUUUCUGGAGCAGGGGAUGUUCAUGUUUGUCAGUUUGGAUGGGUGCAAUGAAUAGUUGGUUCAUAGAUCACAGGCUUUUAUGCAGCCAAUGAGACAGAACACUCAAAUAUCUAAGAUAAUAGUUGGUUAAUAGUUUCCAGAAUCACUUUAACUCUUGGCCCUUUCUUCAAAUAUUCUUUCAUGCCAGACAGAUCUAUAUACAAGCUGGUCAAGGUGUCAACUUGAAGAUUCUCCAGUAUCAAGAACACUUUUUACUUUUGACCUACUUUUAGACACCUGUGCUGACAAAAUGUGCAGUCAAGCGUGACAAACUUAUAUAAAGCAUCAGAGACCUCAGAAAACUGAAAGAUUGACUAAGCUGUAACUUGUGGCUAUAUUUUGUAUCUGUUCUAAUUUCUUUAUAUUUUCUUAGGGGUCUCAAACAGAGGCUGUAUAUUCUAAUAUUGGUCUGACCAAGUUAUUUUUAUGUUCCUAAUUGGUUUGUAAAAUUUUCUUUUAAACCCUCAAUAUGAGAAUUCCA